ACCCUCCACCCGACGCCAUGGUGCACUGGACAGCCGAGGAGAAGCAGCUCAUCACCGGCCUCUGGGGCAAGGUCAAUGUGGCCGACUGUGGUGCUGAGGCCCUGGCCAGGCUGCUGAUUGUCUACCCCUGGACCCAGAGGUUCUUCUCUUCCUUCGGGAACCUGUCCAGCCCCACUGCCAUCCUUGGCAACCCCAUGGUCCGUGCCCAUGGCAAGAAAGUGCUCACCUCCUUCGGAGAUGCCGUGAAGAACCUGGACAACAUCAAGAACACCUUCGCCCAGCUGUCCGAGCUGCACUGCGACAAGCUGCACGUGGACCCCGAGAACUUCAGGCUCCUGGGUGACAUCCUCAUCAUCGUCCUGGCUGCCCACUUCGCCAAGGAUUUCACUCCUGACUGCCAGGCUGCCUGGCAGAAGCUGGUCCGCGUGGUGGCCCAUGCUCUGGCCCGCAAGUACCACUAAAGCGCUGGCAGCAAAGCUCCCAGAACAUCCUCCAACUCAUGUCAUGCACCUGUGGAAAUGCUCUGGAGCCGUCAGCUUGUAACAGCCCAAUAAAGCUCAACCUGUGAAGGC